CAGAAGAGAGAGUAAUAUCUUUAGUAAAGAAAGAGUACACCAAUAACUCUGGUUAGCAGAUAUAAAGUCCAACCUUUGCUGCAAGUGGGAUGAGCAUUGCCAUUUGCACGGCACAAACUCGGUCUAAAUCCACAUAGUAGCGGAAAGGGAGGGAGGAAGAAUGGAGCGCACGGCGCACUCCCUGGUGAGCAAUGUUGGGCACCUGAUGGCCAACGAGGUUUGGCUGCUCCGCGCCGUGGGCCGCGAGGUCGUUGAGCUAAGGGACGAGCUGGCCACCAUGAACGCCGUCCUCCGCAUGCAGUCCGAAGCGGAGGACGGCGCCGUGGACCACUUCGUCCGGGAGUGGAUGAAGCAGGUGCGCGAGCUCGCAUACGAUGCAGACGACUGCAUCGACCUCUAUUUACUCCGAAUCAAGCGCCGUCCGAGUGACGGCUUCCUCGUCCGGUCCAAGCGCCUGCUUGUGACCCUUUUUCCACGGCGUCUCCUCGCCGGUAACAUCAGGGCCCUGCGCUCCCGAGCUGUCACCAUCAGCGAGCGCCAUGCUCGUUACAGCUCUAGCUGCCAGGCACUACGCCCCUCAGCUCCGUUCGCUCAUGUGCCGGCAGUGUGGGCGGAGUCAGCGCAAGCCCUUCGCCCUGCCGAUGCUGACGACCCUGAUCAGUUCGUCGGCAUCCAGGAGCAGGCUAAGAUCCUGGUGGCCAUGAUGGAGAAGGAAAAGGAUGACAAGAUUCAGGUUUUUUCCAUCGUGGGGUUUGGAGGGCUCGGUAAAACUACGCUCGCCAUGGAAGUUUGCCGGCAGCUGGAGACCAAGUUCGAUCGCCAAGCGCAAGUGUCCGUGUCUCCGGCGUUCGACGGUGGGAACGACCUGCGUGCGCUGCUGAAACGCGUGCUUGAGCAGAUUGCCACUGUCAAGUCAAAAAAUGAGAAAGUCAUCAUGGAAGAAGAGGAACAGGAUUCCGUGGGUAACAUUGACAGAAUGGAUGUCGAGGAGCUGACGAGCACGCUCAAGGAACAGCUCAAAGGCAAGAGGUACCUCAUUGUGAUCGAUGAUGUAUGGACAAUAGCAGCGUGGGCUACAAUACACUCCAAAAAGCCAAAAACUACAUACGGCAGCAGAAUCAUUGUGACCACUCGGAUAGAUAGUGUGGGGAAAGAAUGCAGUGGAGGUAGUGUAUGUAAAUACUACAGUAUACAACGACUCAGCUUGGAAGACUCUAAGAAGUUGUUUGUGAGGAGAGCAUUUGGCCCCAAGAGUACUUCUUGCCCAGAGGAGCUGAAAGCUUCAAUGAACAAUAUUUUGAAAAAAUGCAAUGGACUGCCAUUAGCUAUUGUUAGCAUUGGAAGCCUUUUAGCAAGCUAUUCCUCUCCAGAAAACAGCCAUAUGAGGGAAACACUUUGUAGAUCAAUUGGUUCACAGAUGGAGACCAACCCAGCCCUUGUGGGGAUGAGGAAUAUCAUCACACUUAGCUUCAACUAUCUGCCUCAUGACCUCAAACGUUGCAUGACGUAUGUUAGCAUUUUCCCAGAGGAUUAUCAGAUCAGCAAGGACAGGCUCUUGAGAAGAUGGAUUGCUGAAGGAUUGAUACCUGAGAAGCGGGGGCUUACUUUGAUGGACACUGCAGAGGCCUACUUCAAUGAGCUAGUGAAUAGGAGUAUGAUUGACCAAGCCGGCUGUAUAGUCACCUACUAUAAUAGAGUGGAUUUGUGUCGGGUGCACGACAUGAUGCUUGAGGUCAUGGUAUCUAAAUCAAUAGAGGCUAACUUCGUUAGCUUGGUAGGCAUUCAGUAUGAAGGGAUGUCAUAUGAUAUCGUUCGCCGCCUCUCCAUCCAUGAUGCAAAGCAGGGGAGAAAUUACUCCCCAACAGAGAAAGGCACAACGGGGAGUGGAAUGGUGAAUGUUAUUGAGGGGAUGAACACGAAGCACGUACGGUCAUUGACCACAUUUCAUUCCGAAGGACACAACUUGCUGCUCGAUCAACUAGGAAAGUUCAAACUACUGAGGGUACUUGAUCUGGAAGACUGCAAGGACCUAAACAACAAGCAUUUGAGGUACAUUUGCAAGAUGUACCUUCUUAAGUUCUUGAGCUUGAGAGGUACAGGUGUCAGUCUCAUGCCUCCAGAAAUCUGCGACCUAGAGCAUUUGCAAACACUUGAUGUCGAUGAUACUCUCCUCGAGACGCUUCCAAACAGUGUGAUAAAGCUUACAAAACUUGAGAGGUUGAUGUUCUCCAAUAGGAAAAAUUGGACUGCCCUAUGGACAUUGCCCAAAGGGAUCUCAAAAAUGAAGGCAUUGCGCGAGGUGACUAGAGCAGUCAUUAGAAAUGUUGAGGUUGCCAUAGAGAUCGGUGAUCUACAACAAUUGGAAUGGAUAUUUGUCUAUCUCGAUAGAAGGUCCGAGCAGGAUAGUGAUAUUAGACGAGAGUUUAAAUGCUCACUAAGUAAGACAUCAUCCCUUCGGUGGCUCGAUGUGUGAGAGCUGAAUGAUGUCUAUAGAAAUGACAUGGACUAUCUCAUGGACCUCGACACGCCACCACAGCUUCUGCGGUACCUUAGGUUUGCUGGAUAUAUUUCUCGGAUUCCAGACUGGGUCGGUUCACUCGCCUUUCUCACCGAGUUCACCAUUUCAUGCGCAGAACUUGUAGGCGACCAACCAUUUGAGGUCCUUUGUAAGUCUCCCAUCCUGAAUAGCAUCUUGUUUCAGGUGCAUUUUUACGUUGAUGAAGAUCUGGUUGCACGGAGCGCCCACAAGUUUCGUAUGCUCAAGAAUAUGAGAGUGAUAAAUGCUGCUAAAACUCCCAAAGUUUUCAGUUUUGGGGAAGACUCCAUGACAAAGCUCGAGAUACUUGAAUUGGACUUCGGAGGCUGGCAUAAGAGCAUUGUUGGCAUCCAACACUUGACGAACCUUAAACAGGUGCGCCUCAGCGGCUACGGUAAUAACAUUUCUUUGAUCGAUGCAGCCAAUGAGCUAAAAGCCGAGAGUGAUAGACGCGGCAGGUCCAAUCAAUUUCCAUUCACAGUUGUUGUGAGAUACGGUUGAUCACUCUCUCCUCUGUUCUUUGUGCACGUGAGCUGCUCUUGUCAGGUUUGUUUGUUCGUUUUUGUUAUCUUUGUCAAGCUGUUGCUGCUGCUGCUGCUGCACGUUUUCAUCAAAACUGUUACACUAGUUAUGGUGUUGGGUGGGUGAAUUAUCCGGUUAUCCCUAUCGUUGUUUCUGAAUGUGGUGUUGUGUUUCUUGUCCAGCAUGAUAGACUUUUGCUGUUUUGUUAAAGCACUCUAAUAAAGAUGGAGUAAUUUGUAGCAA